UAUACACAGUAAUGUCAUCAAUUAAUAUUUAUUGCCUUCUUUUUGUCUUCACUACUUUUUUAAUACUUGAAUUUACAAAUGGUUGUGUUCCACUGUAUAAAGAAGGUUGUACUUCAAGGAGCUGCUGUAAAAAUUUACAUUGUACACGUACUUUUGCCAUAGGAAGAGGAACUAAACGUCCAAGAUUUCAAUGCCUUCAAAGCUUUUGCUCAACUAAUAAAUGUCUUGCAAAAUUUGAUAAUUGUUGUUAUCCUAGGAAAUGUAAUUCUCAAGGUCACUGUGCUCUUUGUGAACUUCAUAAUGAAAACUGCGAUCACGAUGAUGAUUGUUGUAUUGGGGCCUGCAGAGGUGGAAAAUGUACAAAAUAA